AUGAUUUUGGAAUUAAAUACUGAUUAUCCAAAUAUUAGACAAUAUUUGGAUUGGAAUAUUCCAGAUGAACAUAUAAAUCGUUCAAAACAAAUUCCUUCAAUUUUCCAUCAAAAUUUAAAAGAAAAUUUAUAUCCAAUAUGGCCAAUUAUAACACCUGGAUUCCCUACACAAAAUUCAAAUUUUAAUAUGAAUAUUUCGACUGCCAAAAUUAUUCAAAAAACAAUGAGAAAUGGUUUAUGGGAAUUCAAUUCAAUUUUAAAUGAAAUAGAGGGAAUUAAAAAUGGAAUAAUAAUACCAGUACCAUUCGAAACAUUAUGGCAAAAUUGGUUUGAAGGACGUCUUUUUGAAAAUAAGUAUCAUAAUUAUUUGGCUAUAAUAUGUAGAUAUUCACCUAAAAGUAAAUAUGGCUCUUUAUUUUGUGAUUAUGUUGGUACAAGAAUUCGAUUACAAUUACUUUUUUCUAUUGAAAUUUUACAAAAUAUAGAAUAUUGCCAUAUAAAUCCAAAAAAGCUUUUAAAUAACCAAAAAUGUUCGGAUCAAUUUAAAUCUGAAAAUGAUGAUUGGAUUUGUAAUGUUUGGAUUGUUGGAAUUGUCUUUAAAAAUAAUGAUGAAAAUAAUUAUUUAAUAUUUGAAAAUGAAGGGAAAGAAAAACUUUUUGAAUUUUCUUACAGAAUAAAGUAUGGAAAAAACAUUAUAAAAUCAGAAUGGGUUAAUGAAAUUAAGCUUUUUGAUUUAAAUGUUAUUAAAUAUAUUUGA